CCGGACUGUGGGGAGCCCGACAGCGUGGCGCAAGAUGGCCCAUGAACCAGCAAGCUGGAAAGCUGCAUUUCUGAGCAGUUCUCCCCGCCGUCUUCCAAGCCAGGAGAUCAUCACCAUCCAGGUGUCUGGGAAAUAAUUGCCAGGAAAGAAGAUCAGCAAAACAAAACAAACACAAUCACAAGAGGAAGGAUGCGGUGGAGGAGGUCUCCCUUGCAAAGGAUGGACUGUGGGCGAAGUGAUGACGAGGCCGGCAGCAGCUGGUGGUGCUGAGGCCCAAAGAGCCAUGAAGAAUCACAACCCAUCAGGGAAGAAGCCAGCCGGACCCGCCGCCCCUUCCCGAUGGCACAGGCGCAGGUUCCGGCGCAAGGCGUCCUCCGAGGUGACCGUGAAGGGGCAGCUCCGCAUGCGCUCUCCUUCAGGGGCCUUUGUGAUGGUGGGCGUCUCGGUGGUCCUGGUGGGCAUGAUCAUUGCCGUCAUCGGGUACUGGCCACACCGUACGAAGUCUGGAGCUAGCAGGCCGGGGAACUUCAACGCCACAGAUGAGAUCAAGAAGGAAGUGAGGGUCUCUCCCCACCCCCACCCUUUCCCUCAUGGCGAGAAGCUGAAGCUCAUUGGGCCCGUCAUCAUGGGCAUUGGGUUGUUCAUCUUCAUCUGUGCCAACACUAUGCUUUACGAGAACAGAGACAUGGAGACCCGCUUGUUGAUGCAGAGGGAACUCUACUCCAUGAGCUUGAAGCUCCCACCAGACACGAGCCAAGCAAGCAGUUACUUUCAAAGGAGGCCCAUCCCAUCCAGCCCCCAGGCCAGUGCAGAAGGAUUCGAAGGUUGCUAUGAGGUGGACCUCUCUUCCAGUGGCUUCCAGUCUUGCUCCAGCCCUGUGAAGAAAUGGCCCAACAGCUACAGCUCAAACAGGCUCCAGGCCACCACCCAGUUCCUCCACCACAAGAGCGUCUCGCCUUCCCUUUCCCUCCUGAGCGUCCACUCAGAUUCUGGCAAUGCCCUGCCAGAGGACCUUGGCCUCUCCUUUACUCAUGGAGCUGAGUCGGUCAUCUCCUCGGCUGUCACCGCCCUGUCGCUGCCUCUCAUUAAGCUCAACAACUGUCUUCUCGAAAACAGGGGUGUUUCUCGUUUGGUUGUCCAGGAUGUGGAAGGCAGUCGUGUGAGGUUGCCAGAGGAGAAAGAGGAGAUGCUCAGGCUCUCCUGGACUCUCCUCCCAGGAUGCAAUAGUGUGGCUCCCAUAAGAGAGGACCUGAAAGGCAACCACGUAGUUAUUGAUAUGAAUAGCGACUCUCCCUCUGCCACCUCCAUCGAAAAGCUCUUGCACCCUGAAUGCACAAAGAGAGAAUUCAGUUCGGACACUCAGAUCCCUAAUUCGGGUCACUCCAAGUCCCUGGAUCUUGGCCAGCCAGGGGUGGUGCUAGUAGCCCCAGUCAAAGACAGGAGACACAGGAGCUGGCCUAGACUUGACCACAUUGGCCUAGUCAACUAUGCAAAACUGGAAAGCCGGGGGGAAUCUUCCGAUAGGCUUUUGGAGACAACCAGGGAGCCUAUCAGGGGUGACAGCAGGGAGGUUGUCAUGGAAACGGGUUCCAGUAUCUGACUCUUCACCAGGGGCCCCAUGGAUGCUGUUUUUAUUCCCUUCCUGUCACGUGGCCAUGUGACAUUGGCCAUUGCCAAGAGCAGACGUGUGUAUAUAGGAUGAAAUGGAUUUUGUGAUGGUGGCCGCUUUAUCCAUCAGUGAAUGCCUGAGCCCACGACUAGGCCGCUGAAGGAGAGCCACAUUGGAAGCUGCUCAGUGGAUGGAUUUCUUUCUCAAGGGCCUGUUUGCUUCUUGCCUUAUAAGAUUCCCUC